UACCGAAUGUUAUUUGACAGCAAAGUAAAGCCGGAAACUUAACAGCCACGAUAAAGAAUAAUAUUGUAUGGUUAAGCUAUGGAGUUAAACGAACAGACCAACAAUGACGUCACGUACCGCUACGUCAUCGAUCGAGCGGCACGUUCCGUACCAGAUUUUGAGAAGGAAUUUUCGGGCGUUGAGAAAUUACCGCCGUCACCUAGCAUGCGAGAUCGGGCUCGAAAAUGCGCCAAAGGUUGCAACAAAAACUGCUUUAUGGAUGUUCUGGUCGGGCUCUUCCCAAUAUUCACGUGGAUGCGACAUUAUAAAGUUAGGAAAUGGCUGGCCGGUGAUUUGGUUUCGGGAAUAACCGUGGGUGUUGUCCACAUCCCACAAAGUAUGGCAUUUUCUUUGCUUGCCGGAUUACCGCCGGUCUAUGGUCUCUACACAAGUUUUUACACCGUCCUGCUGUACAGUUUCAUGGGAACAUCCCGCCAUAUAUCAGUUGGUACAUUUGCAGUUACCAGUCUCCUCACACAAAGUGUUGUAGUUCGGUUGGUCCCGGAACCGAUUCCUAUCAUGAACGUCACUGCGGGUGCAACGGUUGGAAACGAGACGUUUGUAAACGGAAUUUCAGACAUUGAGCUGAGAAAAGUCGGUGUUGCAGCCUCCGUCAUGUUCCUUAUGGGUGUUUUCCAACUAGUGUUUGGGAUUUUUCGUUUGGGCUUCAUAACCACGUAUCUGUCGGAACCGCUUGUGCAAGCCUUUACCACGGGAGCAGCUUUGCAGGUGGUGACGUCACAAACCCCGUCCAUUCUUGGAAUUACCAUCAAAUCAACGACGGCCAUUCCGGCUUUCUUCAGAAAUUGGAUCGAGAUAUUCCGGAACCUUCCAAACACGCAUAUUCCCACUCUCAUUAUUUCCAUCAUCUGCAUUUUGUUGUUGGUUGCGGGUCGUGAGAUCAACUUACGAUUCAAGGAAAAGCUGAAGAUUCCAUUACCAACAGAGGUUAUUAUAGUUGUGAUAGCGAUUCUGGCGUCAACAUUCGGAAAGUUUCAGGAGAUAUUUCAAAUCAGAGUGGUCGGUCCUAUCCCUACCGGAUUUCCGGCGCCUAUGUUGCCCGACUUCAGUAUCAUGGGGAGCAUCAUCGGCGAUGGAUUUGCUCUUGCGGUCGUUGGUUUUGCUAUAAGUGUCUCGCUGUCGAAGAUGUACGCACAAAAGUACGGAUACAGCAUCGACUCCAAUCAGGAGUUAAUCGCAUAUGGUGUAAGCAAUGCCAUUCCCUCCUUUUUCCGAUGUUUUCCAAACGCUGCAGCGCUUGCACGAUGCGUUAUACAAGAAAACACAGGCGGAAACACACAGUUGGUCGGUUUGAUAUCCGUAGUUAUAGUGUUGGUGACGAUCCUCGUGUUGGGCCCCGUAUUCCAACCCCUACCAAGGUCUGUUCUGGGAUGUAUCAUCGUUGUUGGUCUGGUCGGAAUACUUAAACAGUUGUCUUUACUCAAACCGACGUUUAAAAUGUCACGAAUCGACUGCUUGGUUUGGGUUGUGACGUUGUUCUCCGUUCUUCUCCUGGGCGUAGACUUGGGAUUGCUGGCGGGAGUUGUAUUUUCUAUGCUUACAAUAAUUCUACGAACUCAGCGGCCACGGUGUGAGGUAUUGGGCAAUAUAGCUGGAACGGAUGUUUACCGCAGUUGUCAUGGUUACGCUUCGGCGCAACCGCACAACGGGAUCUUAAUAUUUAAGUUCCACUCCAUCCUCUAUUACGCAAACAAGGAUUACUUCAAACAGAAACUCUUCUUUGCUACCGGUUUUGAUCCAGAGGUAAUCAUUCACCAACGGAAAAAGGAAGCAGACGCCGCCGAGUCGCAGAACGAAAGUUCAAACUGCUGUCGAUCCGUGCCAUGGAAAAAGAAGACCGAUAUAUCGAGUAUAAAGGUUGAUGUGGAUUUAAGCUCUCCGGCGACCUCUGGCGGUUCUCCAAGUUUCCUUCAGCAGUCGCAUCCCACUUGUACUGACGACGUUGCUACUCGGACCGAAUUAUUUCACACAUUGAUCAUAGAUUGUUCGAGCUUUUCGUUCAUAGACCUCGUCGGUAUAAAAACUUUGAACGCACUAUGCAAAAACUAUCGAGAGAUCGGCGUGGACAUGCUUCUUGUGAAUGUAUCAAACGACGUUAAAAAAUCGCUGGUCGCUGGUUCGUAUUUUGAAACGGCCGGUGAGAACUGUGAAUUUCCAACAAUCCACGAUGCUGUGCUGCACGCCAAGUUUAAGCAAGUGUGUCUAAGUCAGAGUAAAGAAGAAACUUCAUUCGACAGCAAUCAGUGAUCGAGUGUUGGGUCUGCGAAACCUUCUGUGUCGGAUUACAAAUAGUUUUAUACGAUUUCACUCUACGUUCCCAGAUCAAGUGGUCACAACCACUCUACAUGUAUCAUAUGCAUUAGAAAUUAGGUUUCUUAUAUCUUAAGUUAAACUCGUCAGCUGCCACGUACUUCACUACCGCUUGUUAGUUUAUACAAACUCUUAGUGCUUUGCUUUUUAUAUGCAGAUAUUGAACAAAUAAAAUAGGAAAAUAAAAAACUUACUUUAUUUGGACUCGGGCCUGGUUAUCCAGCCGCAUAUUGAGAAGUAUUUCUUGUGUUGACGGGAAGCAACCUAAUACACGGGGAAAUUUAGACCAUUUAACGUUAGGUGGAACAUGCGCGUUUUUACACCGCCAUUUAUUUACGUCUUGAGCAUGAAUACCUCUCUAUUGAAUGCAAAAGCCGUUUCUUGGUCAUUUGUGUUAAUAUCUUGGUAUGAUAUUUUCACAUUAUGAAUGGAAUAUAUAGCACUAUCUGGGGUAAGAUGGGAUACCGUUAGAACCUAAUUCCCAUGCUUCCUGAUCCUGUUUUGAACGAUUACCAAAGCUCCUUUAGAAUUGUGAGAAUAAAAGUUAUAUAUUUGUGCAAAUAUUCUUUGUUUACUAUUCCAUGAGCUGAGAAAAGAGAAAUAAAACCAUGUUUUAUCUUACCCCGCACUACUAUGCUGAUACUCACCAUGGAGAAAAAGUCAGGACUUUCUGUUCCUACAGAUUCCAAUUACAUAUUGUAUUUGUUUAAAACAAUAUUAACAUCAGAAAAUAAAACACCUAAAGAAAAUGAAUGUUUUGAAUCUGCUGUUUUGUAAUGAAAAGGAGAUAAUAUGACACAGGAACUUUAUAAAAAUCAAUGUAUUUUUUGUUAUGUAAAGUUCUUGUUGUCGCAUACAUUGAAAAUUUGACAUGAUUUUAAAUGUACAGCAACAGCAUUUGUAUCAACACAUUCAAACAACAGUUUCAAUGCUUAUAAAUCAUUUGUUUCAUUAAAUUUGCUUACGGCGAAGCAACUAUAAUACACAUAGGUGUAUUCAGUAAUUUCAUAAACCUUAAAUGAAUUAUUAAGUCAAGUGAGUGAAUAGGUUCAAGUGUAAAGCAAUUAACCAACAUAUAUCACAUCAUUGCAAACUAAACUACCACCCAUGUUGAAUCUGUAGCCAAUGUAUAGCUGACCACAUACAAGAAGUUUAUCAGUAACAAAACUGAAAUGCAAAAUUUAAAAAAAAGGAACUUUGUCGGCAACAUUAUAUAAAAGAAAUGCUGUAGAAGCUAUUUGUUGUAAAAAGGUAAUCUACCAAUUGUCAUGAACUGGCGCAAAUCUUCCGGUAAAUAUUUUACAAGUUCCUUGAUGUGGAUCAUCUGGUGUUGCCCAGAAGAAAGCUUCCCUGCUCCCACUAUCGCGAAUCAUUCGACACAGAUCGAAGAAACCUUUUUCUUCCGGGUAGUGCCAUGAUUGUAUAGAUUGAUCAUCGUUUGUAUAAAGUAUGAAAGUAAUUUCAUCUUCAGGUGGAGCAAGGGCUUUAUAGACAAAAUAUUUUCCGGCCAUAUCUUGUAGUUUGGUCUGCAGACAUGCCCACGCAUCCUUCAUUGUUAAAGGCGGCUUCAAUGGAAGAUACUUCCUAUCGAUCUUCUUUGUUACUUUCAUUCCAGCUUUUUCACGCAUAGCAUGGCCAACUACUAUGUAACCAGGGCAGUUUUUCCAGUGGUUUCGUGCCCAAUGUUUUUCUUGAUGCUCUCUGGAACAAUAAAAAGUCACAUAACAUCUUCCGCAGCGUUUUAAGUUGACACUUCCUAAAUUGGUGGCCGAACACAAUGCACAUUUGGCAUUCGCCAAUUCUUCUUUUCGAUCAAUUUUUCGACUUAAUCUUUCAAGCAAUCGUCUCAUGCUUUCUGUUUGUGCAAAGUUGAUUGGCGCACUUCUUCUGUUGGGUACAGGAAGCUUUAGAUUAGCACCGUACUUCACUAAGAUCUUCAGGUAAUCUUCAUUACUCAUAAUAAGAGCCAACUGGGCAACGUACCAACUUUUACCUUCGUCAGUUUUUGCCAACAUGUUUGGAUCAGCACCAUUGUCUAAAAGCAUCCGGAUGAUUUUAAGUGGAGAACAAGAACCGAUAGCCAUGAACAGAGUAUUAUAAUCAUAAUUAUUCACAGCGUUCACAUCCGCUCCUCUUUCAAUCAGUAGUUUACAAAUUUCCAUGUCCUGCACGUUUACGGACACUGCAGUGUGUAGUGCAGUCAUACCCAACACAUUCUUUUUGUUGACAAAAUCGACAUCUUCACCUUGGUUUUCGAAUCCAUAGUCAAUGAGUUCAACUUUCCGCUCAUAUGAAAACGGUGGAUGCUGUAAUGCAACUGCAACAACAACAGCAUGCAGUGGGCAAGUUUCUGGUCUUAUUUUCCUUAUGGCGUCCGGACUUAAUGAUAACGGAUUCAAUUCCCCAUAUAUAAACGCGAUGCUUUCGGGUUUACUGUCGCGACUUCGGCCAGUAAGUAGUUGUAUUGAAGCCGAUUGUCUUUUCUUCAUGAUAUUGUUCUUUUAUUUCAAACAAACAACAGAUAAUAUUUCUUACUUGUCCUACUUUUUCACGCCUAGCAAUUGAAGUUGGUUCUAUUUACUAAGGUGCCUUGAAAGGGAAAUCCCCGAAGUGGUGUCGCUAGAGCAAGAAGAAAACUGGUUACAUAUUUGGGGUUCAAUUUCAUUGGGAAUGAUUAUAUUAAUUAUGCGCGGUUAGUCCAUUAGUUCAAUGUAAGGUACAAUCUCGCUUAAACAUUGUAUUGUCUGUAAAAAUUGGAAUUAAACGCUCGUUUCCACUUUUCUAUUUAGCUUGGGAAAAUCUUUGGGAAAACUUACAGCUCAGUCGAUCACCUGGAUAAUGAAGGCUUCAGAUUUUUAAGCACAAUCUAUUCAAUAGACAUGAGGUUUAAGUAUAGUAUUGUAAUACGUGACAAUUGAGAUGUGUGUGGAUUUAAGCAAACCAAUUUAAAAUUGACAUUUCCGGAAUCCACUACAUCUGUGGCGUGAGAAUCAGGAAGUCCCAAUUACAAAUACGUCAAAUACGCAACGACCCAGAAAAUUAUCGACUCGAGAAUUAAACAAGUUUGACAACCAAGGUAUUUCCAAGAAAUUGUAACGAAAACAUAAGAAGCAUCUCAUACGAGCCGUUGGAAAGU